AUGGCAAGCCUCGAGGGCAAUCGAAAGGGCGGCAACGUGCCUGCGGUCGAUGAGACUCGGCCGGUGAGCCCGACAAACUCCAUUGAGGAGGCCAAGCGCUCUUCCGACGAAUCGAGCGCUCCGAGCCGAGAUGUUCUCUACGCGGCCGGCGUCGGUCUCAGACCUGACGAUCCUUCCUUGCCAUGCCUCACCAUACGGAUGUGGUUGAUCGGCAUCGGCUUCUGUCUCUUGGGUAGCGGUGUCAACACCCUCUACACGUUCCGGUUCCCGUCGAUCAGCCUCUCUCAGUCGGCCAUCCAGUUCUUGGCAUACCCCGUCGGUAAAGCUUGGGAGUUUGUGAUUCCGGAUUGGGGGUUUUCCGUCAAGGGACACCGCUACAGUCUGAACCCGGGCCCUUUCAACUACAAGGAAAACAUCCUCAUCUACAUCAUGGCCAACCUCAGCUUCCUCACCAGACUGAGCGCCGAUGUGCUGACCGAACAACGAGUUUUCUAUGGCUUGGAAGCAGGAUGGGGCUUUGAGCUGACUAUGACGCUUGCGACAAUCAUAUUCGGCUUCGCUUUGGCCGGUCUAUGCCGUUCCUUGGUGGUCGAGCCUGCUGGUCUGUUGUGGCCAGGUGUGCUCGGAAACACAGCUCUGAACGCCGCCUUGCAUGCGGGUAGAAAGGAGGACCAGUCUGAGACCAAGUGGACGGCCUCGAGGUACAAGUUCUUCAUGCUCGCAUUCAUCGCAUCCUUCUGUUGGUAUUGGUUCCCCGACUUCAUCUUCCCGGCGCUCGGAUACUUCACGUGGGUUUGCUGGAUUGCCCCCAGCAACGCAGUCGUGAACCAGGUGUUCGGGAUGAAGAGCGGGAUAGGCCUACUGCCUUUUACCUUUGACUGGAGUCAAAUUGCUUACAUUGGAUCUCCUCUGGUCGUGCCUACCUGGGCCAUCUUGAACGUCCUUGCGUCUCUCGUCUUCUGGAUCUACGUCAUCUCUCCGGCCCUGUACUACUCGAACACCUGGGAGUCUGCGUACUAUCCGAUCCAGAGCAACUCCAUCUUCGAUAAGAUGGGGAAGACGUACAACGUAUCCAGGGUCAUUGACAAGAAACACGGCUUCACGUUCAACAGCACCAAGUACGAUGCCUACUCCGAUAUUUACCUGCCAGUCACAUAUGCUCUAAACACCUUCGGCCUCUGCUUCGCCACGAUUGCUUCUCUCUUCGUGUGGCUGUUCCUCGAAAAGCGUCGCAGCAUCGCCGCCGCAUUCCGAAGUUCUCAGUUGCCGGCCCUCUUCGGCCGCAAGGUCGUGCCUCGAGCCAACCCGCAGCCACUUUACCCUACAGUGCCCAUGUGGUGGUACUGGAUCGCGACUCUUCUCGCGUUGGGUUUGGGCAUGUUUGCAUGCGAGUUCUACCCGGUCCAGCUUCACUGGUACGGAGUCAUUCUCGCAUUUGUGGUGUCCUCGGCUUUCUUCGUCCCGCUCGCUUGGGUAUAUGCCACCACCAACAUGAAGAUUCAGAUCGACAUCUUCUGCCGCAUCGUCGCAGGGUACAUCUGGGAGGGGAAGGUGCUCGCCAAUAUCUGGUUCUUUAACCUGGGAUACAUCUCCGGCAUCAAGGGAUUGGCAUUCGCCCAGGACCUCAAGCUCGGGAUCUACUGCAACAUACCGCCGCGGAAGCUCUUCCCCGUUCAAGCAGUUGGUCUCGUCAUCGGCAGUCUCGGCCAAGUCUCCGUGCUCAACUGGGCCCUCAACCACAUCCCCGACAUCUGCACGACCGAUGCGCCAAACGGGUUCACCUGCCCCUUCUCUCGCACUCACUUCAACACCAGCAUGGUAUGGGGUGCUCUGGGUCCGCGUCGCUUCUUCGCUGAGGGGGCAAUGUACCGUAACCUGCUCUGGUUCUUCCUCGUGGGAGCGGUCCUGCCGGUGAUCGUGUACUUGCUCCGGAAGAAGGUCUUCCCCAGCGCGACAUGGCUGAAGAAGGUCCAUGUGCCACUCUUCCUUGGUGCUCUCAACUACAUUCCCCCGGCAUCGGGUACCAACUACGGCAGCUGGGCGAUUGUAGGUCUCAUCUUCGGGCUGUUGAUCAAGAGGAGACAGAGAGAUUGGUGGAGAAGGUACAACUUCGUGCUAAGCUCUGCCCUGGACUGCUCUGUGGCCAUUGCUGGUAUUGUCAUCUUCUUUGCCUUGUUCUAUACGGGUGCGUCGAAGCAGUUCAAAUGGUGGGGAACGGACGUCUACAAGAACACUUGUGAUUGGAAAAGCUGCACUUACUUGAAGAGAGAUACCAAGUAA